AUGCCAGCUCUUCCCGUUCUGUGCCGAGAGGCCCUGGCCGAGACGCUGAAGCAGAGCUUAGUGCAGCGGGCCACGGCAGAGGAGCUGCCGUUGCGCUUCGAUGGCUUCCUCACCCUCGCGGCGGCCAGAGCCCUCAUGAUGCUGUUCAUCCUCCUGGGCAUCAUCCUUGCUGGUCUUUGGCGGGUGGUGGAGAUUUCCGACCCCGAUCCCGUGCAAGAGGAGGAGAACCAAAAGCGAAAGCUCCUGGCGGUGGACAAGCUGCUGAAGUCGGAGCUUUCGCCUCCACCGCCCGAGGUCCCCAGCCUGCCGGUGCCAGAGCUGCCGCAGAUUUGCGCGCCCUACAUGCGGGCGAUGCAAGGAGCUGACCUCUGCCUGGCGCUGCCCCGGGAAGGCGCCGGCCCGGUGCAGGUGCUCGGCCUGGGCUCCGCGCAGAGGGGCCCGGCUGUCUGCCUGCUGAGCGCACGUCUGGCAGGAGGAGUUCUGGAGCUCGUCGAGCAGGAGCCCGGCAAGGGCGAGGACGCCAGCGGAGAGGUGCUGCUCAAGGGGACGGCGGAUGGGAAGCUUUGGAGAGGAGGGGAGCUUCUGGCCACGCUGCGCGCGGCGCCGCUGGGAGGCCACGGCUGCCUGCGGCAGCGCUUCUUGCUGGAGGGCGAUACCCUGAAGGAGGCCCUGGUGCUGAGCGCCUCGAAGACGCGCCUGGAGCUGGGCCUCGCGGACUCGGGGCGGCGCCUGGCGGCCGCGGAAGGAGGCGGUAAAGCCAGAGGUCGAUGCAGCUUUUGCCCUCGGCUGCAUCCUCAUGGCCAAGCUGUUCACUCGAGAGGACAAGUCGUGUGA